AUGAUCCGCCCGGGAUCGGUGCUCGGGUCGGCGGCUUUGCUCGUGGUGGUGACACUUUUCACGCCACCCGUGGCCGGCCAAUUCGAUGGCAGCUUUUGGUGGAUGAAUUCGAACCUGCUGAAGCAGGCGGAAGCGCUGCGGGAGACGAAGGACGUGAAGGCGAUCGUGAUUACGAAGGAUUCCCCGCUGGAUGAGGUUCGUGUUGGUGGAAACUCCCUCGUUGAUAGUGACUCGCCGGAUUGCCUCUGUGUGCCAACGGAACGCUGUGAUAGUAAACCGACCGGCAGAGAUGCUCUUUGCGGUGUCGGAAGCAUUUGCUGCCGCAGGUCUCAAAUAAAAGCCCUCGAAUCAACCACCUCAACUACGUCAACCACGUCGAAACCAACCAUCAAAAUCAACGUUUCAUCUACCAAAUUAGAACCGGUCGACAGCUUAAUCUUCGAUGCUGAUCCUAUUCAGCAGGUUUUACCAAACAACGCACCAUUUCGUCCCUCGCCACCUAAUGAGACGGAGUUCGAUCCCAGCCUGUUGCUAGAGUUGUCCAAUCUGCUUUUGAAUCACAGCCUUCCCGAUGUGAUUAGCCCAAUCGAAGACAACGCACUGCCAGUAGAGCAACCUACUACAAUCAAUCCUCAAAAGGUCCAAAACACACGAAAAACAAUAUUCAGCUCCACAAUUCGUCCGAAUGGGCAAUGCGGUAGAAGGCAGAAUUUCGUGUCUAGUAGGAUAUUUUUCCAAGAUGAUGAUGGUGAAAAUGUGAAUCAACUUCAAUCCGGACCGGUGGGAUUCAGCGAAUUUCCGUGGACUGUGGCUGUAUACCAAUUGAUACGAAAUGGUUCGUUCGUUUACCAUUGUGGAGGAGCAAUACUUAACAGUACUGUAGUAAUAACAGCUGCUCAUUGUGUUUCAAACAAUCGUUUACACCCCGAUCGAUUUAUUGUAUACGCAGGGGAUUGGGACCGGCGACACACGCAAGAGCGAUUACCCCACCAGGAACGCGCAGUUCGGCAUAUUGUUGUACAUCCAAACUAUUACUCUGGAGCGUUAUUUAAUGAUGUAGCACUUCUGUUUUUCGAACAACCAUUGGACGAUUCCCGAUCUAACAUUGAAGCCGUGUGUUUGCCAGACCGAACAGCGCCACCUAAAUACGAAAACUGCCUUGUUACGGGAUGGGGAGGCUCACCGAAAAGCAACCAAAUUCAAAGCAUCCAGCAGUAUACCAAACUGACCCCGGUUGAUCACCAAACCUGUGAGAUACGUUUACAAAAUCAACAGUCUUUGGGUCGCAAGUUCACACUGCACGAGAGCUUUCUCUGCGCAGAUGGCAUCGACACAGACGCUUGCCAAGGGUCCGGAGGAAGUCCCUUCACCUGCGAAUGGAACGGGCGCUACUUUCUGGUUGGGAUUGUGUCCUGGGGAAUCGGGUGCGGAGACGGAAUUCCGGCCGUUUUAACAAACGUACCGCACUUAUCCGAGUGGAUCAAAUCGCAUUGAGUUGGUUCGUGUGCUAUCGGUAGGUAAAUUUAACGUCGAUUUCGAAAACCAAAA